CACAAAACACACACAAAAUCAGAGGAAAUACAAUUUCAGAAUCUUAAGAAUUAUGAAAAAUUUACGCGAUUUUGCAAUCAAAACAAUCUUAUCUCUUGUAUUUUUAUGCUCAUUCAUCCAUACAAUACAAACGGAACAUCAUACAACAAAAUACACAACCACGACAACAACAAAACAACCAAUAAUACGAACGCCGGGACUGUCUCUGCCGCAAAGACAUUCCAAUCCUCCAAAGUGUACCAAAGAAGUGCCUGCCAUUUUCUUUCAGUUUGAAAAAGAUAUCCAAGUAAUAGGCAACAGUUCUCUAAAUCCACACUUUAAUUUAAUUGAAGUCUGUUGCGAGGGCUUCAAACGUUAUGACUUUGAUUGGACCAAAUGUGUACCGGAUUGUGGACAAAAAUGUCAACGUAAUGGUUUCUGUCUAGAAGGAGGUGUAUGUCAAUGUUUCGAUGAUUUUGUAUUAAAUCAUCGCAAUGAUUGUGUACCCACUUGUCCCUUGGGCUGUCCUAAUGGCCAGUGUUAUCUUAACGGUACCUGUGUUUGCAACAAGGGUUAUGAUCUGGAUCCAACAAAGAAAUACUGUGAACCAAACUGCACCCUGGGCUGUGUUCGCAAUGAAGUAUGUGAUGCGCCCGAUACAUGCGUCUGUGCCGAGGGUUAUGCCAAGGCCACACAAACGAAUGUGGCCCAAAUGGGUUGUCAGCCGGUGUGUAUACCCGACUGUGGCUUUGGCCAUUGUGUGGGACCUAAUCAGUGUGAGUGUUUUCCGGGUUAUCAACAGAGAGCCAAUAGCUCGGUAUGCGAGAGCAAUUGUUAUUUACGCUGUGAAAAUGGUUUUUGUGCUAAUCGUACUGGCUGCAUUUGCCAGGAUGGCUAUAAAUAUGAUGUAAAUACUACCUCAUGUUUGCCGGAUUGUGGUGAUGAUUGUGAGAAUGGGGUUUGUACGGCACCAGGCUUUUGCAGAUGUUUCAAUGGCUAUCAGCGUAAUGGAUCCAAGUGUGAAGCCAUAUGUGAACACGGUUGUGGUUUCUAUGGAAAAUGUAUUGCUCCUGGUGUUUGUGGUUGUUCCAUUGUCGAUGGACCCUUCAAAUCCUAUCAGAAAUGUGAGUUAGGCUAUUGCACCUCCAAGGGACGUUGUCGUUGUCAAGUCGGCACAACGAGGUUUAUAAAUCAAUGCUUUGCACCCGACAAAGUGACCACAUACGCUUCGAUGAAACACCAGAAACUAAAUGAGGCCUUAAUUGAUGAGUUUAAUUUGUUAAUUGGAAGACAUUUUACACUGGGUGAAUUUUCACCUUUUGUGGGUCAUUUCAAAUAGAUUCAAAAUUUUAAAGGAAUAAAAAUUAAUAAAAAAGCA